AUGGCGUGGCAGUCUGGGGCUGGCGGCAGUGGUGUAGGAGGGAUGGCCGGUGGAGAACCGAAUGGAGUUCAAGCAUACACGUUACAAGGCGUCAUGCGCUUUCUGCAAACCGAAUGGCACAGACAUGAACGAGACCGAAAUGCCUGGGAAAUUGAACGCGAAGAAAUGAAAAACCGCAUUGCCAUCCUUGAAGGAGAGACCAGAACAAGUAAAGGCUUACGAACCUCCCUGGAAAGACAUGUGAAAUUAUUGGAAAUCGCCCUCAGGAAAGAGCGUGAAAAGAAUAGGAGUCUAAAUAAAGGGGAAGUUGUCGACACCCAGAAAGAGGCCAAAGACCUUGCGCGAGAAGAAUUGAAGAGUCUUGGAAAAGAAUCUCUCCCCAAAAGCGUCAGCCAUUUCGAUGCCGAAAUCGACCCAGAAAACCAUCUGGCCCAAAGCAUACGACAAGAAAAAGAACGAGACAAGUCGAAGAGUUACUUGUCCAAAUGUGCCUCGGAAAUCACAUACCACGUCCUCUCUAUGACUCAUAUACCUCCGGAAAUCAAUGAUGCUGCGGUCCCCGGCAAUUCGAACCAUGUGUCCCAAGAUCGGCAGCCAACACAGCAAGAGCUUCAAGAGGCAUAUUUGCAACUGCAACAAAUUAAACAACAGCACCGGAAUGUCGCGAUGAUCAGGGAAAAUGCUGCACAACCACCUCCAUCGUUUGCGGAGCCUCCACCUCUCACUCGAAAAGCGACCCAGCUCAAUAAUGAAGAACUACAACGAGGCUCUGCGGAGAGGAUACCAGAGCAAAUUGUCCAAUCAGUCCCUGGAGUUGACCCGCGAAAAAAUUUCUACAAUGAACAAAUACCGUUGACUGAGGAUCCGGUUGAAUCUAUUUCUCACAGCUUUGACGCGUAUGGCCGAGAGAUACCGCUAAAAGACCAGACUGAAAUGCGAGCCAUGGAGGAAUCAAAGCAGGAAGUUUCGGACGGAUGGGAUUUUGAUGAUGGACCUUCACCCCAUGAAAAGCCCCUUGAAGCACCCGCGCAGCACAGGCCAGACACGGAGGUGUUCCCCAGUGCGAAUCUCAUUCCAUCCAAGUCCCCGCCUCGAGCACCAGGGUCAUUCCGACGGAAAAGUUCAGGAGCCAGACGGCGGAGUGAGGGAAGUAAUGAUGCGCGAGAGUUGCAAGCCAGCAAACCGGAUGCAUCACAGUUCAAAGUUCGAUUUGCUAUGCGAGGGCAUUUGGAUGUGGUCCGUUCGGUCAUAUUUACCGGUGGUGGAAGUCCAUCAGAACCGGAAUUUUGUACGGCUAGCGAUGACGGAGGGGUUAAGAGGUGGCAUAUUCCCGCAUCCUACGCACACAACGUUGCCCUAGGUGACGACCUGGACCGAAUUGCUCAUUUUACCCAUCGUGGUCAUAUUGGGGCGGUUUGCUCUUUAGCCACAUGUCCCGCUUCACCGAAUUUCUCCAGUGGUGGUCGAGCCGCAGGGGAUGGUUGGAUCUUCUCCGGUGGCGAAGAUGCGACUGUUAAGGUCUGGGAACGUGGCCGAGUCGAUGCCAAAGCAACCUUGGAAGGACAUAAAGAUGCUGUCUGGGCAUUGUGCUGUCUUCCUGGAUCAACGGGAACUAUUCUCGGCGAUCGAUGUUCACAAUAUGGUGGACCAGAUCGUGUUCUCCUAGUCGCCGGUGGUGCUGACGGUACAAUUCUUAUAUGGGCUGUCAGCACACCACCACAGUUGAGCUCACCGCAUACCGGAAGCCGAUCAACUAGAGGGAGUCGGAGAGCCAAUUCAAUAUCGGCGGGUUCGAAUUUUCCCAGCUCACCUCAACCAAGUGUCGCCAGCACGACCCCUUUCAAUUACUGUCUAGUCCAUCGUAUAGAGCGAACAGAUAAACCUGCGCCAACCGCUAUUUCCCCAUUGGGUCCUCAUGGAGAGAGCUUUGUUGUUGGUUACUCCGAUGCCAGUGUGCUGGUAUAUGAUACCCGGACCGGUGAAGAAAUUGUCGGUAUGGCCAGUCAAGAAACCUACGAUGGAACUCCAAACACGGGGAUCAAUGCGGUCGUUGCCAGCAGUACAGGAUUUGACACCCGCGAUUCCCUGGCAACUGGACGACGUGGUUCAAUAGGUGAAGAUGAUGUGGUACAUGGAGCGACUGGAUCAGAAGGCGGUGUCGAAGGAGUUGUUAUCGCCGGCUAUGAAGAUCGGACAAUGCACAUAUACCAUGCUUGCACAUCCAUCAGCGAUUUCCUCUUUGUCUUUGAGCCCGGAUGGUAA